AACGGGUUGCCAUCUAUGGCAUCUGGAAUCACUUGCUGUCUCUCACUACCCAAAGACAUUUUCAUCAGGUAAAAGUAAAACCAAACGAGACGGUCUCUUGCAGCUGCAAGCAACGCAUGGAUUCUUUGCUGCUUCGCUCCUACGCUGUCUGUCGGCGACUUUGUUGUUGCUCUUAUCCAAACACAAGGACACGACACGACCAUGUCGAGGCAUCUAUAAAGUGUACCUCCUCCAUCUUGGCGUCAAAUAGAAUCAGCGGGUACAAUACAAUACAAGCACGCGGCGAUGGCGAAAGGCGGUGGUGGCGGUGGCGGUGGUGGCGACGUCGAGCCAGCGACGAGCGCGGCCGGCGGCAUGUGCGACCGGUUCCUCACGUUCCUGGCCAAGAACCUGUCGGUGAGCAGGAUGAAGGGCAUCGCCGAGGGCCCAAGGAGCGGCGCUGGCGCCGGCGGUGGCCACUCUCCGCCGCCGACGGAGGGAGGAGACGACGCCGGUGGCGUGGAAGAAGACGAGUUCGCUAUACCCAUCGAGAGGGCCGAGUUCGACUUCCAGUUGAGCGGCCAUGGCGAUGGAGGCCAGCACAGCAGCGGCGUCGAGCCGACCAUGCUGGAAGAGAGCGCCGCGCCGACGACGACGAGGGACGUUCCUGAUGAGCAGAAGGACGGAGCUGCUGCUGCGGCGGCCGCCGCUGCCGACGGUCCAGCAGCAGUGCCGGCUGUGGAGGAGACGAAGGUGAGGAGGACGGUGACGAUCAAGGAUGACCGUCCUCAUGCACAGGACGGCGGCGCCGCCAGCUCGGCGCCGGCGAAGGUGGAGAGGAAGAAGUCGCUGUUCAGGAAGCGGCAGGCGUCGUCGGUCGCGGGAGGGGAGGAGGAGCAGCAGGGCGGCGCCGGCGCCCGGGUGCCGAAGCGGAGCGGUCUCCGGCCGCGGAUGCCGCAGGUGCCGCGGGUGCCGUCCAACAUCAACGAGCGGUCCUCCACCUUCAUCGAGGAGCGCAAGAAGAGCUUCGUCGGCAAGCCGGCGCCGCCGGAGGAGAAGUGAACGGACGACUGGACCAGAGAGGCUGCAUGCCGUGCGAUCACACAGUGGCUCUCUAGCUCACUCUCAGCGAGUGUGUAGCUAGUGUAAAUACGAUACGAUUCGUGGGUGUGUAUGGCCGGGUUUGAUGUAUUGUGAAUUUGUGAUUGCAUGCUAAUCGUGUCCAAGGAAA